AUGGCACCUCAUCUUUCGCUGAAGCGCGCCUUGCUUCUCACCACCUUCCUAGCUCUCCGAGUCAUGGCGCAAGGCGACAACAACAACAACAACAACGGAGGGAACAAUGGCGGAAACAACGGGGGAAACAAUGGGAACAAUGGGGGCGGCGACACCGCGACGACGGGAGACCCCGCGACGACUGGUGACCCUCCUCCGCCUCCGCCUCCCCCUCCGCCAACCACUACCUCAGACACGACUACACAGCAAACGACAUCGACGGAAGAGACUUCGUCUUCCUCAUCCUCCACGUCAAGCCCCAAGCCCACGCUUCCCGGCCUCACCAGCACCACGAGUACCACUACUUCUUCCUCUUCCCGGGUUGUCCCAACGAACAUGCCCAAGGUUUCCAAGACGGCCAAUACCGAUAUUCCGGAGUACCCCCCGCCGACGGUCCCGCCGACCCACAAUGCCCCCUUCAUGAACCACUCCACACUCCCCGACGGUACCGUGUUCAUUGCGGUCGGUGCUAUCCUUGGUGCAUUCGGUCUUGCCAUCUUGCUCUGGCGUACCAUCGUUGCCUGCCUGCUACAUCGGUCAGUAGAGCGUGCCGCUCUAGCCCAGCACGCCGCCAAUAACGGCCGCGGCCCGACCGACAAAAACGCGGCCUCGUUUCCGGCACCUCCGGCCCAGUUUUAUAAGUAUAUCGAACGUGAAUCUUCGGCCUCCCUUGCUGGUGCCGGCCUGGGUGCUUCUACGGGGCGGAGAACCAACCGGGGCCCAACACCGUCGGCCACACCCAGCCAAACGAACUUGUUCUUCUCGCCUACUGCUGCCGGCUCCGCUGGUGGCGCGGGUGGCUCGAACCGUGACUCGGCCCGCUUCCUCCCUUCCGGCUUCUACGCGUCAGCCUCGCCUGUUGCGGGCGGCCAUUCACAUGGCAAUUCGAUCAACAUGAGCACGCUGCGACCGUCUUCACGCGGCCGCGGUGGCCAACUCGGCCCCUCCCCGCCUGAAUCGCCCGACGUCGGACCAAGAGCAGCCUCCAGGAAUUUCAGCACGAGCUCGCUGAACUUGAACCGGCCGCCCAGUGCCGGAGCGCGGGCGCCUAGCGCGUAUCUGGACGACUUGCUUGAUGAGCAACCAGGCUUGUUUCCGCCCGCCCAGGGAACCCCGCCGCCCCAGCAGGGACACGGGAGUCAGCGCGGGAGGUACUGA